AUGCAAUUCCGUGCAGAGAAGGGCAAAUCAAUGUUUGGCUACAAACCAGCAGGGACGGUCAAGAAAACAGAUAAAGAUCUGCGCCCUGACACUACCGAGUUCUUUAACAUAGCCAAGGACCAUUUGGUGGGCAACUCGGAGUCCCGAACCUAUCCUCCCCAGCUUAUGCAGCACAAGGAAGAGCUCCAAAACUUUACGAGAGACUCGCAUGCUCUGGGUAUCCUUGUCCUUCGGGUUUUAGCCGAGCAGCUCGGUCUUCCAUCCGAGGUGUUUGCUGACAAGAACAAGAUUGGUUCUCUCUCUGGGGAUCAUAUCCGUGUUACCAAAAAGCCUCCCCAUGAUCCAUCACAGACCAAUGUAAUUGGUCUCCCCUCCCACACCGAUUUUGGCAGUGUCACUGUCUUGUUCAACUGGCUCGGUGGCCUGCAGAUCCAAAGCCACGAUCCAGAUCGCCAAGGGGAGUGGGCUUACGUCAAACCUCUACCAGGUCACGCCAUCAUAAAUCUUGGUGAUGCCAUGGUCAAGUUCAGCAAUGGGCAUUUGAAAUCAGCAAAGCAUCGCGUCGUACCAGCGCCUGGAGCCCAAGCCAAUGUGGACCGUUACAGCUUGGUUUAUUUCCUUCGACCCGCCGAUGAUGUGCUAAUGCAACCUGUUGAAAAGUACCGCAACGAACCCAUCGUAUCUGUUGGUGGCAAGGUUGGCGAGGAGAAGGUUUAUACUGCUGGUGAAUGGAUGGUUCGCAGGAUGCAGCAUAUGUCAAAGUGA